AUGAGGAGGAUGACCAAUUAUCUGCUAAAUGUUUAUGGAAAAAGGGGUGUCCAUAAGGAUACAAAGUUGCAAGAUGAGGGUGGGAAGAUAUUCGAGAAAGAUGGUAUACUGUACAAUUGCGCUUUUACUCUUUGCAAUCAAAAACGAGGAAACAACUUCCACAUUAUGCAAUUAAUCAUUGUACCUGAAAAUCGAUUACAUAUGUAUCAAAAAAGGGGAAGAAUUGGUGACAUUGAGAGGGCAGAUGAUCAGCUAGACGAAAGGGAAAACAUUGAUAAUGCAAUUAUGGAGUUUGUUAAGAUUUUCGAGGAGGUGACUGGGAAUGAGUUUGAGCCGUGGGAAAGAGAGAAGAAAUUUGAGAAGAAGCCCGGCAAGUACUAUCCCCUUGACAUGGCCGAUGGUGUGGAAGUUAGGCAUGGGGGAAUUGGCUUUAGGCAACUUGGAUUAGCAGUUGUGCAUAGUAAGCUUGAUCCGAUGGUGGCAAAUUUCAUGAAAAUCUUGUGCAGUCAAGAGAUUUAUAGAUAUGCUUUGACGGAGAUGGGACUAGAUUACCCAGAAUUUCCCAUCGGAAUGCUCUCAGAUGUGCAUUUGAAUAGAUGUAAGAGUUAUCUCCUGGAAUUUGUUGAAAAUUUGAAAUUUAUGGAGGAGUCCGGACCAAAGGCUGAGGCAUUUUGGACUGAUUUCAGCCAAAGAUGGUUUAUAGUUUUUCCCUCUACAAGGCCUUUUACAUUCCGUGACUUGGGUGAUCUAGCAGAGCAUGGUGCAGCUGCGUUUGAAACUGUCAGAGACAUUACAGCAGCUUCCUAUGUUAUAGGAGACAUGUCUGAUGGUAUUGUUGAUGAUCCUCUCUUUGAUCGGUAUAAGAAGCUGGGAUGUUCUAUUUCUACUCUUGACAGAGAUUCAAGUGACUACAAAAUGGUAGUAAAUUAUCUUGAGAGGACCUAUGAACCUUAUAAAGUUGGAGAAAUUAAUUACGGCGUCUCUGUUGAGAACAUCUAUGAGGUUGAACCAAGUGCAUGCCCCUCUCUUGAAGAAAUAAAGAAGUUACCAAACAAAAUGCUCCUGUGGUGUGGUUCUCGAAGUUCAAAUCUACUGAGGCACUUGCACAAAGGUUUUCUGCCUGCUGUUUGUUCACUGCCUGCUCCCGGUUAUAUGUUUGGCAGGGCCAUUGUCUGCUCUGAUGCUGCAGCAGAAGCAGCUAGAUAUGGUUUUACAGCUGUUGAUAGACCAGAUGGUUUCCUAGUACUGGCUGUAGCAUCCUUAGGGGAGCAGAUUCUUGAAACUAGUAGCCCACCUGAGGAUACAGAGUCCCUGGAAGAGAAGAAGAAGGGGGUGAAAGGUCUGGGUCGAAAGAAAACCGAUGAAUCAGAACACUUUGUGUGGAAGGAUGACAUCAAGGUGCCCUGUGGCCGCCUAAUUCCCUCGGAGCACAAAGACAGUCUUCUUGAGUACAAUGAGUAUGCUGUCUAUGAUCCACAGCAGGUAAGCAUAAGGUUCUUGGUGGGAGUUAAGUAUGAAGAACAGGAUGUGGAGUACGACGUACAGGAGUAG